AUGGCAUCUAGUAAAUUUUUAAAACUGAAAAGAAAAAGUAGUAACAGUGAUGAAAAUACAAUAAGAGAAAGGAAUAAAAAUAGGAACAGUAUUUACGAAUCCAAACCUUCAGUAUCUUUGAAAUACACGGAUUUGAAAAAAGCAAGUUGGACAAAUGCAAGUAAAAAACAACACAAAAAGCUACUAGAGCUGAUUCGUCGUCUUGCAGAAGAUGAUAAAGAUGGAGUGAUGGCACACAAAGUUUUGAACCUGCUUUGGAAUCUGGCCCAUAGUGAUGAUGUGCCUGUAGACAUCAUGGACUUAGCUCUCAGUGCCCACAUAAAAAUACUAGAUUACAGUUGUUCCCAGGAUCGAGACACACAGAAGAUCCAGUGGAUAGAUCGCUUUAUAGAAGAACUUCGUACAAAUGACAAGUGGGUGAUUCCUGCACUGAAACAAAUAAGAGAAAUUUGUAGUUUGUUUGGUGAAGCACCUCAAAAUUUGAGUCAAACUCAGCGAAGUCCCCAUGUAUUUUAUCGUCAUGAUUUAAUCAACCAGCUUCAGCACAAUCAUGCCUUAGUUACUUUGGUAGCAGAAAACCUUGCAACUUACAUGAAUAUUGUUCGACUGUAUGCUAGAGACCAUGAAGAUUAUGACCCACAAACUGUGAGGCCUGGAAGUAGAUACAGUCAUGUUCAAGAAGUCCAAGAACGGCUUAACUUCCUUAGAUUUUUAUUGAAGGAUGGCCAACUGUGGCUCUGUGCUCCUCAGGCAAAACAAAUAUGGAAAUGCUUAGCAGAGAAUGCAGUUUACCUUUGUGAUCGUGAAGCCUGUUUUAAGUGGUAUUCCAAGUUAAUGGGUGAUGAACCAGACUUAGAUCCUGAUAUUAAUAAGGACUUCUUUGAAAGUAAUGUGCUUCAGCUUGAUCCCUCCCUGUUAACUGAAAAUGGAAUGAAAUGUUUUGAACGAUUCUUCAAAGCAGUUAAUUGUCGUGAAGGGAAACUAGUAGCAAAAAGAAGAGCCUAUAUGAUGGAUGAUUUGGAACUAAUAGGAUUAGACUACCUUUGGAGGGCUGUGAUUCGGAAUAAUGAUGGCAUUGCCAACAGAGUUAUAGAUCACCUUAAAGAGAUGUAUACAAACCUUGGCCCCAGGUUACAGGUUAGUCAGGUGGUUAUCCAUGAAGACUUCAUCCAAUCUUGCUUCGAUCGUUUGAAAGCCUCAUAUGAUACAUUAUGUGUUUUGGAUGGUGAUGAAGACAGUAUUAAUUGUGCAAGACAGGAAGCCAUUCGAAUGGUUUGAGUAUUAACUGUUUUAAGGAAAUACAUAAAUGAAUGUGACAGCGAUUCAGAGGAAAGAACAAUUCUGCCUAUGUCAAGAGCAUUCCGUGGUAAACACCUCUCUCUUAUAGUUCGAUUUCCAAACCAUGGCAGACAGGUUGUACUGGACAUAUGGUCUCAUACAAAUGAUACAGUUGGUUCAGUAUGACAAUGUAUUCUCAACUGUAUUAAAGCAAAUGUAGCCCAUACAAAAAUUGAACUCUUCGUGGGUGGUGAGCUAAUAGAUUCUGAAGAUGACAGAAAGCUAAUAGGACAAUUAAACUUAAAAGAUAAAUUGGUAAGUACAGCUAAACUUACACAAGUAAGUUCCAAUAUGCCUUCAAGCCCCGAUAGUUCUUCUGAUUCUUCAACUGGAUCACCUGGCAACCAUUGUAAUCACUACAGUGAUGGUCCCAAUCCAGAAGUGGAAAGCUGUUUGCCUGGGGUGAUAAUGUCACUGCAUCCCAGGUACAUAGCUUUCCUUUGGCAAAUUGCAGACUUAGGUAGCAAUCUGAAUGUGCCACCUCUUAGGGAUGGAGCAAGAAUACUUAUGAAACUUAUGCCCCCAGAUAGCACAACAGUAGAAAAAUUAAGAGCUAUUUGUCUGGAUCAUGCAAAACUUGGAGAAAAUAACCUUGGACCAUCUCUUGAACCACUUUUCUUUGGUCCUUCUGCCUCCCGAGUGCUAUACCUAACAGAGGUCGUUUAUGCCUUGUUAAUGCCUGCUAGUGCACCUUUGGCAGAUGAUUCCUCUGACUUUCAAUUUCACUUCUUAAAAAGUGGUGGCUUACCUCUUGUACUGAGUAUGUUAACAAGAAAUAACUUCCUGCCAAAUACAGAUACAGAAACUCGAAGGGGUGCUUACUUCAAUGGUCUUAAGAUAGCCAAACUCUUGUUAACUGCCAUAGGCUAUGGCCAUGUUCGAGCUGUAGCAGAAGCUUGUCAGCCAGUUGUAGAAGGUGCAGAUCCCAUAACACCGGCUUCAAGACACAUGCCUGAUACUUGUGUAAUUAGAGCUAUACAAAAAAUCAUCUGGGCAUCAGGAUGUGGGGCAUUAGAUUUGGUAUUUAGCCCCAAUGAAGAAAUCACAAAAAUUUAUGAGAUGACCCCCAGUGCAAGCAGUGAGCCAGACAUGGAGGAUGAACAGGUUUGCUGUGAAGCAUUGGAAGUGAUGACAUUAUGUUUUGCUCUGAUUCCAACAGCCUUGGAUGCACUUAGUAAAGAAAAAGCCUGGCAGACAUUUAUCAUCGACUUACUAUUGCACUGUCCCAGCAAAACUGUUCGUCAGUUGGCACAGGAGCAAUUUUUUUUAAUGUGCACAAGAUGUUGCAUGGGACACAGGCCUCUACUUUUCUUCAUUACUCUGCUCUUUACCAUUUUGGGGAGCACAGCAAGAGAGAGAGGUAAACAUUCAGGUGACUAUUUCACUCUUCUACGGCACCUUCUUAAUUACGCUUACAACAGCAAUAUCAACGUACCCAAUGCUGAAGUUCUUCUAAACAAUGAAAUAGAUUGGCUCAAAAGGAUUAGGGAUAACGUUAAAAACACAGGUGAAACAGGUGUUGAAGAGCCAGUCUUGGAAGGUCACCUUGGGGUAACAAAAGAGUUACUAGCCUUUCAAACACCUGAGAAAAAGUAUCAUAUUGGUUGUGAAAAAGGAGGUGCUAAUCUCAUUAAAGAAUUAAUUGAUGAUUUCAUCUUUCCUGCUUCCAAAGUUUACUUGCAAUGUAUGAGAAAUGGAGAACUGCCAACUGAGCAGGCUAUCCCAGUCUGUAGUUCACCUGCUACUAUCAAUGCUGGUUUUGAACUACUUGUAGUAUUAGCUGUUGGCUGUGUAAGGAACCUCAAACAAAUAGUAGACUGUUUGACUGAAAUGUAUUACAUGGGCACAGCAAUAACUACUUGUGAAGCUCUUACUGAAUGGGAGUAUCUACCACCUGUUGGACCCCGCCCAUCAAAAGGAUUUGUGGGACUCAAAAACGCUGGUGCUACUUGUUAUAUGAACUCUGUGAUCCAACAGCUGUACAUGAUUCCUUCCAUCAGAAACAGUGUUCUUGCUGUUGAAGGCACAGGUAGUGAUGUAGAUGAUGAUAUGUUCGGUGAUGAGAAGCAGGACAGUGAGAGUACUGUUGAUCCCCGAGAUGAUGUAUUUGGAUAUCCUCAUCAAUUUGAAGAGAAACCAGCUUUGAGUAAGACAGAAGAUAGGAAAGAAUACAAUAUUGGUGUCCUAAGACAUCUUCAGGUCAUCUUUGGUCAUUUAGCUGCUUCCCGACUACAAUACUAUGUGCCCAGAGGAUUUUGGAAACAGUUCAGGCUUUGGGGUGAACCUGUUAAUCUUCGGGAACAACAUGAUGCCUUAGAGUUUUUUAAUUCUUUGGUGGAUAGUUUAGAUGAAGCUUUAAAAGCUUUAGGACAUCCAGCUAUACUAAGUCAAGUCCUGGGAGGUUCAUUUGCUGAUCAGAAGAUUUGCCAAGGCUGCCCCCAUAGAUACGAGUGUGAAGAAUCUUUUACAACUCUGAAUGUAGAUAUUAGAAAUCACCAAAACCUUCUUGAUUCUUUGGAACAGUAUAUCAAGGGAGAUUUAUUGGAAGGUGCAAAUGCAUAUCGAUGUGAAAAAUGUGAUAAAAAGGUUGAUACAGUAAAGCGCUUGCUAAUUAAAAAGUUGCCUCCUGUUCUUGCUAUCCAAUUGAAACGAUUUGACUAUGACUGGGAAAGAGAAUGUGCAAUUAAAUUCAAUGAUUAUUUUGAAUUUCCACGAGAGUUGGACAUGGAACCUUACACAGUACCAGGUGUUGCAAAACUGGAAGGAAAUAACGUAAACCCACACAGUCAGUUGAUAAAACAGAAUGAGCAGUCUGAAAGUGAGACAACAGAAAGCACAAAAUACAGACUUGUGGGUGUGCUUGUACACAGUGGUCAAGCAAGUGGAGGACAUUAUUAUUCUUACAUCAUUCAGAGGAAUGGUAAAGAUGGUGAGAGAAAUCGCUGGUAUAAAUUUGAUGAUGGAGAUGUAACAGAAUGUAAAAUGGAUGAUGAUGAAGAAAUGAAAAAUCAGUGUUUUGGUGGAGAGUACAUGGGAGAAGUAUUUGAUCAUAUGAUGAAGCGGAUGUCAUACAGGCGGCAAAAAAGAUGGUGGAAUGCUUAUAUACUUUUUUAUGAACGAAUGGACACAGUAGACCAAGAUGAUCAGAUGAUAAGAUAUAUAUCAGAGCUUACUAUCACAAGACCCCAUCAAAUUAUGUCACCAGCCAUUGAGAGAAGUGUUCGAAAACAAAAUGUGCAAUUCAUGCAUAACCGAAUGCAGUACAGUUUAGAAUAUUUUCAGUUUGUGAAAAAACUGCUUACAUGUAAUGGUAUUUAUCUAAGCCCUGCUCCAGGACAAGAUCACUUAUUGCCUGAAGCAGAAGAAAUCACUAUGAUUAGUAUUCAACUUGCAGCUAGAUUCCUCUUUACCACUGGAUUUCACACAAAGAAAAUUGUCCGUGGCCCUGCCAGUGAUUGGUAUGAUGCACUGUGCAUUCUACUCCGUCAUAGCAAAAAUGUGCGAUUUUGGUUUGCUCAUAAUGUUCUUUUUAAUGUUUCAAAUCGCUUCUCUGAAUAUCUCCUUGAGUGCCCUAGUGCCGAAGUGAGGGGUGCAUUUGCAAAACUUAUAGUAUUUAUUGCACAUUUUUCUUUGCAAGAUGGGCCUUGUCCUUCAUCAUUUACAUCUCCUGGACUUUCUGGUCAGGCAUGUGAUAACUUAAGCUUGAGUGAUCACUUACUAAGAGCAGUAUUAAAUCUCCUCAGAAGGGAAGUUUCAGAGCAUGGCCGUCAUUUACAGCAAUAUUUCAAUCUGUUUGUAAUGUAUGCUAAUUUAGGUAUGGCAGAAAAGACACAGCUUCUAAAAUUGAGUGUACCUGCUACAUUUAUGCUAGUGUCUUUAGAUGAAGGACCAGGUCCUCCAAUCAAAUACCAGUAUGCUGAAUUGGGCAAGUUAUAUUCAGUAGUGUCUCAGCUGAUCCGCUGUUGCAAUGUCUCAUCAAGAAUGCAGUCUUCAAUCAAUGGUAAUCCCCCUCUUCCCAAUCCUUUUGGUGAUCCCAAUUUAUCACAGCCUAUAAUGCCAAUUCAGCAGAAUGUGGCAGACAUUUUGUUUGUGAGAACAAGUUAUGUGAAGAAAAUUAUUGAAGACUGCAGUAACUCAGAGGAAACCAUCAAAUUGCUUCGUUUUUGCUGCUGGGAGAAUCCUCAGUUCUCAUCUACUGUCCUCAGUGAACUUCUCUGGCAGGUUGCAUAUUCAUACACCUAUGAACUUCGGCCAUAUUUGGAUUUACUUUUGCAAAUUUUACUUAUUGAAGAUUCUUGGCAGACUCACAGAAUUCAUAAUGCACUUAAAGGAAUCCCAGAUGAUCGAGAUGGUUUGUUUGAUACAAUCCAGCGCUCUAAGAAUCACUAUCAAAAAAGAGCAUACCAAUGUAUAAAAUGUAUGGUAGCACUCUUUAGCAAUUGUCCUGUUGCUUACCAAAUAUUACAGGGUAAUGGAGAUCUUAAAAGAAAGUGGACCUGGGCAGUGGAAUGGCUUGGAGAUGAACUUGAAAGAAGACCUUAUACUGGCAAUCCUCAAUAUGCUUACAAUAGUUGGUCUCCUCCAGUGCAAAGCAAUGAAACAUCAAAUGGUUAUUUCUUAGAGAGAUCACAUAGUGCAAGGAUGACUCUUGCAAAAGCUUGUGAACUCUGUCCAGAGGAGGAGCCAGAUGACCAGGAUGCCCCAGAUGAGCAUGAGUCAUCUCUACCAGAAGAUACCCCAUUGUAUCCUCCUCAUUCAUCUGGCUCUCACUGUCAACAGAAUAAUUAUGUGCAUGGACAGCCAUAUACAGGGCCAGCAGCACAACACUUGAACAGCCAUCAAAAAACUGGCCAGCAUGCACAAGAAAACUUUGAAGGCAAUGAAGAAGUAUCCUCAUCUCAAAUGAAGGAUCAGUGAAAUAUCUAUCAUAACUGCUUCCUUUAAGACCAUGCACUCAGGCCUUACUGUCCAAACUUCUUCUGUGUCUGGCUAGUAUUCAAAACUAGAGAAACUGUUCAACACGGAGUGGAAAGUCUAUUCACUGUCUCAUUUGCAGAAAUUUGCGGUCAAUAUAUAUAAGCCACCUGCAGGGGAAAGUGUUUAGUGUUUUGUAUUAAAUGGCUGAUACAAAUAUGUAAAUGGCAAAGAUGUAUAUAGUAUAUUAAUGUUUGACUGUUAAUUCUUAACCAAGAAAAAAAAUUUUUUGAUGAAGAGUCAGUUCUACAAAAAAAUAAUUUUCUUGUUAUGUGUGCUGCAUUCUGCAUCCAGUAUUGUCUGCUUCAUGGCAGUUGUAUCAAAUCCUUUACCAAAAAUAAAACCAAAAGUAAUAUAAAACACCCCAUCCAUAAUAAUCACACCAUUGGUUUCUUGUUAAUUCUAGUUACUACAGCCAUGUCAGGCUGAUUGGUAACCUUUCAAUUAUAUGGAUGAUGUGGAAAAAUUGGUGAUGUAACAUUGUGUCUGGAUAUUUUUCAUUACCUUUUUAUUCUGAUUAAUCACUUUAAAGCUAUAGUGAUGCUGUAACAUUUAGCAUGGCCUCACACUAAGUUUGUGUAGCCAGUGAAGACAAAAUCACCUGAGUGACAGCAGUUUCCCCAAAGUGACAGUUGUGUUACCCAGAGGUUUUAUUUCUUACACCUAGAGUACAUAUAAAACAAGAGGGAAAAUGUGACAAAGAGGCACUUUUCAGUUACUCAUAUGUUCUUAAUUUUUAAGUUUGACAGUUCAGUCUCUUGUUGGGAUAAAGAAUGUGAAAAUACUGGUUUUAGGAAUUUUAAAACAUUAAAAAGAAUAUGCAAAGUUUUGCUACCCCAGAAUGUGUGGAGCAUAAUAGACGACUGUAUUUUGUGUGCUUGUUUUGUUUUAUGAUAGAGUUUAUUAGGUGCAACUUUUACAGAAGCCCACUGAACUGGACAUAAUCAAAAUCCCACAAUAUUUUGAAGUACCCUUGCAACUAGAUAUAUGACUGAUUUUCUAGUCAGUCACAGUUUUACUUGAAAGCAAGCAUUGUUCCAGUUCCUUUUCCAUUCCAAAACUCUUAUGUUGGUAUUUAAUUAAACUUC